AUGGAUGCCGCCCCCAAGACGUACACAAAUAGGAGUGGCGUGUUCCGCAAUUCAUGGCGGCUAAAUCCAGAAUCGUUCGAGACCCAGAAAAAGACGGAAGCGCAGAUCCAGCGCUUGCAUAGACGGCUGCCUCGUCAUUUUAAUAACGGCACAAAAGAUGGAAUAGUAGACUUUUACCGCAGGCAAAACCAGCUGGUGGAACAUUUCCAAGAAAUCGAGCGGCUUAUAUACAGGACCGACCCGUCCAUGAAUAUGCCGAACGACGCGGCCCUGUAUGACCAUGCCAUCAGGACAGAGCAGCGUCGAGCAUGGAGAGAGGGGUUUGCAUUGAGGAUAUCAUUUUACGCAAAUGCCUGUCUCCUUAUCAUUAAGAUAUUUGCAGCAUACUCGUCAGGGUCACUCAGCAUCAUAACAUCCGCUCUUGAUUCAUUCCUGGACUUGGUGUCGGGUGUCAUCCUUUGGGCAACUGAUCAGUCAAUGAGAAAACAGGACAAGUAUUUAUACCCUGCAGGCAAGAGCCGUAUGCAGCCCCUAGGGAUAAUCGUUUUUUCAUGCAUCAUGGGCACUUUGGGAUUCCAGGUACUCAUAGAAGGAGUUCGCCAGCUCGUCGGUCCAGAUCACACGCAUCACUUGGAGGACCUGUACGGUUUGAUCGGCAUCAUGGUUUCAGUUAUUCUUGUAAAGUUUUGUUUGUGGUUGUACUGUCGGCGUUCAAAUAGUGCAGUGGUUCAGACAUAUGCGCAAGACCACAGAAAUGAUGUGGCAACAAAUUCAGUUGGACUUGCGAGUGCCAUGUUGGGCGACCGCCUAGUAUACUGGAUUGACCCUCUUGGUGCCAUAUUACUCGCAAUGUAUAUUAUCUACAACUGGGCAGACACGGCCAUUGGGCAGAUAAAGGCGAUGGUCGGGGUAUCAGCACCCCCAGAAUUUCUGACACAGCUUACUUACCUCGCGUGGAAUCACCACCCCGAAAUAGUUUGCAUCGACACUGUACGAGCAUACACGUUCGGGCCAAAAUUCUUCGUUGAGGUCGAUGUAGUGCUUCCCGAGGAAAUGAAGCUCCGGAGUGCUCACGAUAUAGGCGAAAGCUUGCAGGACAGAAUUGAAGAGAUGGAGGAUGUUGAACGGGCAUUUGUUCAUAUUGACUUUGAAACGAGUCACUUUCCUGAGCAUGCGGAUAGCAAGAGAUCCUUGCAGAACUUGCAAAGUACAGCUGCCGCGACGGUUGAAUCUCCGCUGCGACAGCGAGCGAAACACAACAGCGCAGGAAAAGGCUGAGGCGUCUCAUUUGGUUCUCAACCUUCCAGGCCCAUCGACGCAAAGCUCAUUCUUCGAAUGCAAGAAAUCGAUACGACAUCAUUCCUGGACUUAGUCGCUGAAGUAUUUGACGUGUGGCUAAGCUUGCCUGCUCUGCUCAUUUUGCUCACAAGGUUUCACAAGCUUGACUGACAUCGAAAAUAAGUAAACAGGUAUUGUCUUGCAUGCCCUAUCAAAACGUUAAGGUUUUUCAGUUCGGUCGUGAGCAAUAAUGCUGUUAUGGCCUUCUGCGCCAGGGUAUGGUGAUGGCGGGGAAGCGUCAGUUUGCAAAACGUACAACCCUCACUGAGAGUAGAUAUUUGGUACUUUCGCACCAAGGUAAACUUUUGGUGCAUUUCACGAGAAAUGGAAUGUUCCAAACAAGCAUCUGGUUUCCGCAGAAGGCCGAGAGAGCCGUUGCAGCCGCCGAAACUGUAUCAUCGCUCUGUUUGAUUGUUACUAAAGAGGACAUAAUUGUAUUGUACCCUCCGUUAUGCUUUG